AAAUCGAAUGUUUCUGCGCAUCGAUGGCAGCCAUAUUAGUUAGACCAGUAACGUCCAGUAUAUUGGAAAAGGAGCCUGUACGUCGCUGAUCCACGUAAGUAAAUAUUUUCGUGUUUGAUAUUUUUGGUAUAUCUGGCGAAUUUAAAUAAUUAGCGAUUAGUUGUUUGGUAUUUUUAUUCAAAAAUAUAUAUGGUAUCUUGAUAUAAACGCUAAAACCGUGUAUGUCUCGUAACCUAAUCUAGUAGUUGCUGUUUUGAACCCAUGUGUUAUUGGGGCUAGAUGUUCCCUUCUUUGGGGGUAUGUUGUGACCUUGGAACAACUUGCCCCAGUUCAUCUGUACUGGCAAUGCAGUAAAAAUACAGUAAUAUUUUUUUUCUUUGCAGUAUGCGGACUUAUAUUCGAAAAACAACACGAGGUUCUGUAUCUCAGGAGUUGAUGCAAAGAGCUGCAGAUGCAGUUAUUAAAGAUGGUAAAAAAAUAAAAACUGUUGCCAGAGAAUUAGAUAUUUGUCAUAUGACGUUAUACAGAUUUGUGAAGAAGUUGAAAUCUGGAGUAGAAAACGCUGUGGUUGGCUACAAAAAAGUAAGAUUGGUCUUUAGUGAAGAACAGGAAAACAAGUUAGCAGAAUAUUUGUUAAAAUGUGCAACAAUUUUCUUUGGUCUUCUACCAGAGGAAGUGCGAAAAUUAGCAUAUGAAUGUGCACAGAAAUUCAACGCCUCUGAUAUUCCACCAUCUUGGCAUGAGAAUAAAAAAGCUGGUCCAGAUUGGCUGACUGGUUUUUUAAAGAGAAACCCUCAACUCUCGAUUAGAGCCCCGGAAUCGACAAGUGCUAGCAGAGCAUCAUCUUUUAAUAAGCACAAUAUUAACGAAUUUUUUACAAAGCUAGGCACAGUGUUGGAUAAAUAUAAAUUUCCGCCCUCGAGAAUAUAUAAUUUAGAUGAAACUGGCGUUACGACAGUGCUAAAGCCAAAGAAAAUUAUUGCCAAAAAAGGAACUAAGCAAGUUGGAGCUAUAGUAUCUGCAGAACGAGGUUCAUUAGUCACCGUAGAACUGGCAGCAAAUGCAUUAGGACACACAGUUCCUCCAAUGUUUAUUUUCCCUCGACUUAAAUACAAGGAUUUGUUUAUCAAAGGCGGACCACCGGAAUCCAUUGGUGCAGGAAAUAGCUCUGGAUGGAUGACAGCUACGGAGUUCCUCAUAUAUAUAGAUCACUUCAUCAAACACUCCAGACCAUCACCUUCAGAUCCAGUUUUGUUAUUGCUUGAUAAUCACCAAUCUCACGUCGAUAUCAAUGUGGUAGAAAAAGCGAAAUCUAACUCCAUUGUAAUGCUGUCAUUCCCGCCUCAUUGUACACACCGUCUGCAACCAUUGGACGUUGGAGUGAAUGCACCGUUUAAAAAUUAUUGUGCAAAGGCUCAAGACAACUGGCUACGCAGCAACCCUGGCAAGACAAUGUCAAUAUAUGAGAUCCCUGAAAUCGUAAAAUAUGCGUUGCCAAUUGCAGCAACUCCUAUCAAUAUAAUGAGCUCUUUUAAAAAGGCUGGCAUUUGGCCAUAUGAUCCUAAUAUUUUCACUGAAGACGACUUUGCUCCAUCUUUCGUCACAGAUCGCCCUUUGGCUCCAACGCAUGAGAGUGUCUCUGCAGGCAUCACACCUAUAAAUGAUAUUGAUAUAAUUGAUAUGGAAGUUUCAGAGGCAGAAACUAGUAUAGAUAAAUCCAACAAUGCACGUGAAACUGUAAGCAUUAUUGACGAAAGACAAAUCUUGGAUCAACCAGGGCCAUCAGGAGUUGUAAAUUUGUCUACAACUUCUGGUGUUGUACAAGGACUUGGAAAGGAUGUUCCUUUCUCCCCAGAAGCAAUUCGUCCCUUUCCAAAGGCACCACCACGGAGUGGAACGACCAAGAGAUGUCGUAGAAAAUCCGCAAUUUUAACAGACACUCCUGAGAAACAAGCCCUGGCAGAAGAGCAAAGCAAAAAAAGGAAGGUAAGCAUUGAUAAUGAAGAAGUAAGAAAAAAUAAAGGAAAGGGAAGGGUAAAGAGAAAUCAAGGGAAUAAAAUAAAAGGGAACGACAAGAGAACGCUAAAAGGAAAAGGAAAGAGGAAGUCCAUUAAACGACAGGUUGUACAAAUGAGCAGUGAAAGUUCUGAGAAUGAAGAGGAUAGUUUAGAGUAUUAUUGUUUAGUCUGCUGUGACCGUUACUCUAACUCACGUUCUGGUGAAGAAUGGAUCCAGUGUCAAGAAUGUAAGAACUGGGCCCAUUCCAGAUGUAGAAAAUAUCGUGACAUGUUAACAUACUUUUGUCCGAAUUGCGGUUCUGAUGAAUCUUGUGAUGAUUUAUAA